GCCUUUACAAACUCGACAACCAUGAAUCCCUACUUAGAAAACAAUUUUCUUGUGCGCUUGAUGGAAGAAAUGGAAGAGGAAGAAGAAGAGUUGCAGUUGGCGAGGCACAUGGUCAAUAGGAGGCGACGUGCACGCAAUGAGCGUCGUCAUGGUGGUUCGAUUCCAGGGCGUGUUAGGAUUCAUCGUGAUCACAUGAGCGGCGAUGCAAGAAUCCGAGCGGACUACUUUGGAGCCAACCCGGUGUACACGGAUGCUCAAUUUCGUAGGAGGUUCCGCAUGCGUCGCCAUGUCUUUGAGCGCCUUGUUGAUGUUGUGCAACAAGUGGAUCCUUAUUUUAUUCAGCGUCCAAAUUGUGCGGGUGAGAUUGGUCUUUCUGCUCUACAGAAAGUUGUUGCUGCUGUUCGAAUCCUUGCUUACGGUAUUCCAGCUGAUGCCGUUGACGAAUACGUACGUAUUGGGGAAUCUACUGCUCAUGAGGCAUUGAAACACUUUUGCACGGCCGUCCAAACCGCGUUUGCUCCAUAUUAUCUCCGUGCACCAAAUGCAGAAGAUAUCGCACGCCUUCUCCAAGUUGGCGAGUCACGUGGGUUUCCUGGUAUGCUUGGUAGUGUUGAUUGCAUGCAUUGGGAGUGGCGUAACUGCCCAAGUUCAUGGAAGGGGAUGUUUACAGGGCGUGGUAAACAUCCUACCAUGAUCUUGGAAGCUGUUGCGUCGUAUGACCUGUGGAUAUGGCAUGCAUAUUUUGGUCUGCCAGGUAGUUGCAACGACAUAAAUGUUCUUCACCAUUCAAACCUUUUCGAAAGGCAUCUGAGCGGUGACACACCUCCAGUUUCAUUCACUGUUAAUGGUCACACGUACAAUAUGGGAUAUUACCUAGCAGACGGGAUUUACCCUGACUGGCCCGCAUUUGUCAAGACAAUCCGUAACCCCUACGACGUUAGAACCCAACACUUUGCAACAAUUCAAGAGUCUGCUCGAAAAGAUAUAGAACGAGCUUUUGGUGUACUCCAGAAGAGAUGGGGUGUGGUCUGUGGACCUGCAUACGGUUGGAGUCCUGAACACAUUGGGGACAUCAUGAAAACAUGCAUAAUAUUGCACAACAUGAUAGUAGAAGACGAAGGUCCAUUGUCUUUGAACACAACCUUUGAAAACAUCGGAGUGCUGGCAGACACAACUCAAGGUUCAAUGGAAGAGCGCAACGACUUCGUCAAUCAAAGGUACAACCAACUGAAAGACCGCAACAAAUAUACUCAGCUUCAGGUAGAUCUGAUACACCAUCAUUGGGCGCGACAUGGAUCCGGCGUUGCAUAGGACGCAAUGAAACAAGUUCUGUCAUGGCUGUUCUUAUCUACUGUCGAACUGUCUUUGUUUACUUUACAUUGUUCUACUAUCUGUGUUAGUGUCAUGUCUGUUCUACUUCAUGUGUCAAGUGUGUGUACUGUGUGUCUUAGUGUCCAAGUGUCGUAGUGUCUCAUGCUGCUGUUUGAAUUGAAUAAGAAGGAGUACUACUGUCAUGCAACCA